AUGUUGGGGAAAAUUGCACUAGAAGAGGCCUUUGCCCUUCCUCGUUUCCACGAGCGAACAAGAUGGUGGGCUUCUCUCUUCGCCGUCGACCCCGAAAAACAUGCCUUAGAAAUCACCGACAUCACCACCCAACGCAUCAAGUACAUGGAUGAGCAUGGUGUCGGAUACACAAUUCUAUCAUAUACUGCACCCGGUGUGCAGGAUAUCUGGGACCCGGCAGAAGCACACGCACUGGCCACGGAGAUUAACGAUUACAUUGCUCCAAUAGUCAAGCAGCAUCCAGACCGGUUUGGGGCUUUUGCCACGCUUUCAAUGCACGACCCGCAGCAAGCCGCCGAUGAGCUACGACGCACCGUCACGCAGCAUGGCUUCAAAGGGGCCCUAGUGAAUGAUACUCAGCGCGCUGGGCCAGACGGAGACGACAUGAUAUUCUACGACGGACCCGAGUGGGAUGUGUUCUGGUCGACUGUGACCGAGCUAGACGUGCCCUUUUACCUGCAUCCUCGAAACCCCACAGGCACAAUCCAUGACAAGCUAUGGGCGAAACGAAAAUGGCUGAUUGGCCCGCCAUUGAGCUUUGCUCAGGGAGUCAGUCUCCACCUGCUAGGCAUGGUCACAAACGGCGUCUUUGAUCGCCACCCGAAGCUACAGAUUGUCAUCGGCCAUCUCGGCGAGCACCUCCCUUUUGACCUCUGGCGAAUCAACCACUGGUUUGAAGACGUCAAGAAGCCUCUUGGUCUCAAGGAAACGUGUGAAAAGACCAUCCGCGAGUAUUUCGCGCAGAAUAUCUGGAUUACCACCAGUGGCCAUUUCUCCACCCCAACCUUGCAAUUUUGUAUCAACGAAGUCGGCGCUGAUCGGAUCCUGUUUUCGAUUGAUUAUCCUUUUGAAAACUUUGCAGAUGGGUGUGUGUGGUUUGAUAAAAAUCUGGAGUUGAACGAAAUUGACUACAGGAAGAUCGGAAAGGAUAACGCGAGGAAGUUGUUCAAGGUUGGAGAUUAUAAGGAUGCAGAGGCCUAG